GACGACCAUUGAGCGUGCAAUGAUAGAUACCUGUGAAUAAUUGUCUAUAGGUGUGAAAGAAGGUUUCUAUCAUUGCACGCUCAACGGUUGUCUUGCUUUGAUGACAAGGCACGGCUACCUUUCAAGAUGGCGCAGGUAACUGUGAAGGAGACUAUUGCAUUUAAAUUCAGCAUAAGAAGUUUGACCAUUUAGUGUGAGUUCUUUCCAUUUUCCUUUUGUAGUACAGUAGCAAGGGUUAGAAAGUAUUUUCUGUUAAUGCCAAUUGCUACUUGGACUUUAUAUGAUUUAAAAAGCUUAUUGCACUACUUCAUGUUAUGUAAGCCUUUGUAAUUAAUGAGCCAACCAGAAGGCGACUGGCUGAUGGCUAGUAAAUUAACAUAACAUGAAGUUUCGCUUUAAAAUAAGUGUAUUACUGAGGUGUGUCUAACAAAAACUUGAAAGACUUUUUUUUUCUUUACUCAAAUGUUUGUAACGUGUUUGUCUAUGUUUGUUCCAUUUUAAACUUCUCGAGAGUAGAAUUCGGUAGAAUUCGGUUUCUUUCUUUUACAACCAUCUGCAUUUAUCCAUCUUUCAAAACGUUGGCCAAGCAAAAAGUCUUGACUGGUCUGCUGAUUUUUGCAGAAUUUGUGUCAUGAGCCCGCGAUCUAAAUCGGUUACGUAAACAAAUUUGACAAGACAAAAUAAACGAAACCAUACAACCGACCAUAUAGGGGCCUAAAUCACCAAUGUUUGGGAUGUAGAUCUUGGCUUCACUUAUAAAUGUCUUUCUUAAAGAAGAUCUUCACUAAAAAUCCACCGGUAGAGAUGUAUAGAGGCAAGGAGUUACAUACAGUGGUUCAUUACAGCCCCCUAAGCCAGAUGAGCGAGAUAAUAGAUGGCCAUCUUUAUCUCGGAAGUUUACGAAUAGCAAUGGAAGAAAAACAGCUAAAAGAACGAGGAAUUACUGAUAUUAUUAACGCGAGUAUGGAAGAGCGAAAAUACAAAAUUCCUGUCAAAUGUAUGGUUAUAAACAUCAAUGACAAUUCAGACGCCGAUAUAUCGCUGUAUUUUGAUAUGGUAGCCGACAAAAUAGAUGCAGUAAAAAAGGAAAAUGGAAGGGUAUUGGUUCACUGCGUGGCUGGUGUCAGUAGGUCAGCCACUCUCGUGAUUGCAUAUCUCAUGAAAUACUACAAAAUGACCUUAAAAGAUUCCCAUGAUUUUGUCAAGAAAAAAAGGUCGAUCAUCAGCCCAAAUUAUGGAUUCUGGAAUCACCUCAUAGACUAUGAAAAGAAACUAUUUGGAAAAAGCACAGUUGAAAAGAAAGAGACUGCGAAAAAGAAAGAUGUUGGCUACGUACUUUAUCACUGAUAGUUUGUAUAUAUUGUAGCGUUCCUCUAAAUUGCUUUAUUUGUACUUCAGGCGACUCUGCACAUUCAGUGGAUCACACUUCCUACAUACAAUAAUCCUAACUAGGGAGGGGAGGGUCAGUCUAAUCAUUACAAUAUUGUAGAGUGUCCUAAGCCAGUGAAACAAUAAGAUAAUUUAUGCAAAAUUAAUUAUUGAGAAUGAAAGAUUUGGUACUAAAAUUGUAUCUGAAUUUUUAGUUUUUAAGCAUGAAUUUUUUGAGAUUCAAAAGGCAAAAGACCAGAGGACGUAAUGGGAGGGGUGGAUCCAUAAUUUUGUUUUCAACAUUUCAUCAUGUCACAUAGUAUUAAACUCCUUGUGAACGCAUUCUCUGGGACUCACCAGCUCGUCCCAGGAACCACGUGCAAGGAAUAACUGAGUGCAAGAACUGGUACUUAUAAAAAAAAUCAUUUUUGAUGAAACACCAACAUGGCUGCCAUGAUGUCAGCUGAAUAAAAACAAUUAUUUAUAAUUAUUAAUUAUAUUGAUAUAGUGCAUGAACUCAAGCAUCCUCCACUGACUUUUCCUGACAUAGGAAGAAUACAGCUUGCCUGUGGAGGAUGCUAAUUCCUUUCUUAAAUAACAAAAAAAUAUCACAGGAGUGGGGUCAGAUGUAGCCAGAACAAAUGUACACAUUCUAGUGAAAAAUGCUUGAGGCUACUGCAGUUUUAAUAUAUAUUCACAGAGAGAGAACAAAAUAACUUUAUUGUUCAUUUUGUACAUUACUCAGUCACUGUAUACAUCAGUAUAUAUUGUAAAUAAAAAUGUUAUGAUUCUUUUA